GUCAUGUAAAUGUACCUUAUAAAUAUUCUUUUUUGACUUGAGACAUCCCUAUAUACAUACUCAAACGUGAUAAUUUUUAGUGAACAUUAAAAUGCGAUAUUUCUUUAAAAUUGUUCUUAAUGCAUAACAAUAAUGUUAUCACUCCAACUCAACCAUCUUUAAGAGGAUCAAAAAUACCAAAUGGCCAUGUUGUUCUUAAUUCCAAAUAUUACAAUUCACUAGUAAGCAAAUCGCUUACUGGAUUUGGUUUAAAGUUACUUUUUGAUGAUACACUUGGUCUAAUUGACUGCUACCCUUCAAACAGUUGUGCUGUUAUUAUAGCACAUGAAGCAGAUUUGGUUGCAGAAUCUGAACUUCAAGUCAAAGUUCAAAAAUUAUCAAAGUUUGCUGAUAAGAAGGUAAUCUUAGCAGAGUCAACAGAAAUCAGUGAUCAAUACUUUAAACGACUUCAAUUAAAGAUGUUAGGAUCUGUUGUGCAGGUCAUUCCAUUUACAUGUGUGCAGGAUAUUGGAAUUCUUAUUCAUCAACUAGGUAAUUCAGAAAGCAAAAGUUAUGUAAAGCCAACGAAAAGUCUUCCUGUUGAAGACUCUUUAUUAUCGUUUGUUCUGUUAUUUCCCGGAGUUGGCGAAAAGAAAGCUAUUGAGCUCUUAAAGACUUUUAAAAGUUUGUCAGCCAUCAUUAACGCACCGUUAAAUGAUCUUGCAAAAGUUGUUGGAAAUUCAACAGCUGAAACAAUAAAAUUUGCUUUGCUUGAAGAAGGAUGAAUCAUAGCUGAUGACAUCAUA